AUGUUUCAGAACUUCGAUCACAGGCACUGCAGAAGUAGAACGCGGUCACCACCGAGGCGCCGCACAAGGCACAGAAGCAGAAGCACUUCGUCGCCCUCUCCUCCUCCUCCUAAAUCGCGCAGUCCCAGUGUCGUUGCGAACCAUCACAAGCUCAAAAAAGACGAAGAAGAAAAGAGAAGAUUCAAGAAUCUGACAAAGCAAGAAAGAAGUUCUCAAAUGCAAUAUCUCUUUCUUCCUCCCAAUUUCUUGGAGAUCAGAACAAAGCUGCAGACGUGGCUGCUCAAGCUACUUUGUCAAAGUUUUCAGGUUCAUCUGCCAUCUCCAGUGCUGUUCAUACCCUCGAUUUCCCGAGAGUUCUGAGGCUGGCGAAGCUGAGCAACAAUGGUGUUGUGCUCUUAUGCAAGAACAUGGGUUUUUCUUUCUCUUCCCUCAAAUGGAGGAACCUUCUGGGAGGACAUGGUUCAAGCGGUGGUGUUUUUCUUUGUGUUAGUUUCUUAAUCUACAUCUGCUAUUGUGCUUUUAGAUAUUCUCUCUUGUCAAAGUUGGGUUGUCCCAGAAUUGAUGAAAAAUGAGUAAUUGCUUACAAUUAGCCUUUCUAGAUUGUCUUACAAUUCCUGUGCUUUUGGUUGCAGGCAUAUGUGGAAAAGGUUCACAAGGCCUAGUGAAUGCAGUUUAGAAAAUUUAGCCACCUAAUUUGUGGAUUCUAUUUUAGGAAUUGUUAUUUAUUGUCUUAGAUGUGUAUUAUGUUUCCUUACACCCA